AUGGAGGAAGUGGUGGAAGUGAAGAGAAGUACUAGACCGAGAGAGACACAGAACUCUCCCUUUCGAGUUCAGUUACAUUCUAGAUCUCCUUCAAUGAGCUUAACCGAUCCGUUCCCCAAAACUCCAAUAAGCCCUUUUGCAUCUCGUUUUAUGAGCACUACUCCCUUAGCCAGCCCCAUGAAGAUGGCCUUUGAAAACAUGCAAGGGUACCUCGAAGAAGUUGGUCGCUUCACAAAGCUUGACCCACAAGACGAUUGGCUUCCUAUCACAGAGUCCAGGAAGGGAAACGCGUACUAUGCUGCGUUUCAUGUGCUUAGUUCAGGGAUCGGUUUUCAAGCCCUCGUUCUUCCCUUGGCCUUCACCAGUCUUGGCUGGACUUGGGGAAUCUUAUGUCUCUGUGUGAUUUUCACAUGGCAGCUCUACACCUUGUGGUUACUGAUUCAACUUCACGAAUCGGACACAGGGGUGCGCCAUAGCAGGUACCUUAGACUUGCUAUGGCAGCAUUUGGAGAAAAACUGGGAAAACUACUGGCACUCUUCCCGAUCAUGUAUCUAUCCGGGGGAACGUGCGUGACGCUGAUUAUGAUCGGAGGUGGCACAAUGAAGAUAUUCUUUCAGAUUGUGUGUGGAGAGGCAUGCACAUUACACCCACUCACAACCAUCGAGUGGUAUUUGGUGUUUACUGGCACAGCCAUUUUGAUUGCUCAGCUUCCAAACCUGAAUUCAAUCGCAGGGGUUUCCCUCAUUGGAGCCAUCACGGCUGUAGCUUAUUGUACUCUGAUAUGGAUAGUAUCUGUAGCCAAAGGCAGACUUACUCAUGUUUCCUAUGAGCCACUAAGGGGACAAUCAGAGGGCAACAGGAUUUUUUGUGUUUGGAAUGCACUCGGUAUCAUUGCCUUUGCUUUCAGAGGUCACAACCUUGUGCUGGAAAUACAAGGUACUAUGCGUUCGGAUGCCAAACAACCCUCACGCUUGGCCAUGUGGAGAGGUGUUAUGUUUGCUUAUCUAGUCAUUGCCUUGUGUUUGUUUCCCCUAGCCAUCGGAGGUUAUUGGGCCUACGGAAAUUUAAUACCUUCCAACGGAGGGAUGUUAGGUGCAUUGCACAGAUACCACGAACAUGAUACAUCAAAGUUUAUCAUCGCUUUGUCAAGCUUGCUAGUUGUCAUUAACAGCCUCAGUUCAUUCCAAAUCUAUGCAAUGCCAGUAUUUGACAAUCUGGAAUUUAAGUACACCAGCAAGAAGAACAGACCUUGCCCGCGGUGGCUACGAAUAGCCUUCAGGGGACUCUUUGGAUGCCUAGCAUUUUUUAUUGCCGUAGCUUUACCAUUCUUGCCAAGUUUGGCCGGUCUGAUUGGAGGCGUUGCUCUACCAAUAACUUUAGCUUAUCCCUGUUUCAUGUGGAUAGUGAUUAAGAAACCGAAGAGAUAUAGCACAACUUGGUUUCUAAACUGGACACUCGGAGCUGUUGGUAUGAUUCUGAGUGUACUGGUUGUCACAGGAGCCGUUUGGGGCAUAGUAGCACUGGGCAUAAAGAUCCACUUCUUCAAUCCAUAG